CCGGAAAUACACAUUGUUUUCGUCUAAUCAGUGAGGACUGAGUUGAGUUCGCCAAAAGAAAUGGGUUUGGAAAGCGAGGACGACCAAAAAAGGACAGCUAAAAGCUCUAGUCCAGGAAGUGAUGUCGACCCGCAGACCCCAGUGCUGCGCAUCAGCCAGCUGGAUGCCCUUGAACUAGACACAGCCUUAGAGCAGCUGGUAUGGACCCAGUUCUCCCAGUGCUUCCACUACUGCCGGCCGGGCCUGCUCACCCCACUGGAGCCAGAACUGAGGGCUCUGCUCCAAUUGCUCCUGUGGAGGUUCACACUUUAUUCUAACAGUGCCACUGUGGGCCAGUCUCUACUGAGCCUGCGGUACCACAACACCCUCUCUACGUCUCCCCGUUACAGACCUCUGUCUCGCAGGCAGAAGCUGGGCCUGGCGCUGCUCACUGCGGGUCCACGCUGGCUGCAGGAACGCUCCUACAGCCUGCUUCAGAGUCUGAGUUCAGCAGCGUCUGCAGUAGACAGUGGCUUACUCCAAAAGGCUCUCCGCAACAGCCUGACCCUUGUUUCUAGCAUCACACAGAUCGCAAGUCUCAUCAACUUCCUCGUGUUCCUAAGGAAAGGUCGCCAUCCUGUCCUGGCUGAAAGGAUUGUGGGAGCUCAGGCGGCCUUCAGCAAGCCCAACGUGGUCCGGGACGUAACGUACCAGUACAUGAACCGCGAGCUGCUGUGGCACGGCUUCGCAGAGUUCCUUAUCUUCCUGUUACCUCUGAUCAAUACGAGGAAACUGAAAGCAAAGGUGUUCUCGAUGGUUUCAGGGGGAGACAGCACAGAAAGGAAGGGAAGCACGGAAGAGCAAGGGGUGUGGAAAGAGUGCGGACUGUGUGGAGAGUGGCCAACCAUGCCCCAUACGGUGGGCUGCCGACAUGUCUUCUGCUACUACUGCAUCAAAACACACAGUAUUGCAGACCCCGACCUCACCUGCCCCAAAUGUGGUGCAGAAGCAGGGCAGCCUGAGCCGUUGAAGAUGGAGGUGGAGAUGGUUGCCAUUUGAAUGUAUUUGUAAUUAUUUGGAUUUAUAAUAAUUAAAAUGCUGAUUGAAAGAAAAUUACUUAUGACUAACUGUAUAAUAAUGUUGAUAUCUUAAAGUGCCACAUUUUGAUGAAAAUGCAUUGAACAAUUAUAAUAUGAGAAUGUCUAGUAAAGUAUAUUAAAACAUGAAAAAAGAGGUGCUUGGGAAAAUCACGAGGUGUACAUGAAUGAGUUUAUGACUGGAAUUCAGUCUUUAUGAUGUCAGUGUCUUUCCUGAACACACAUAGACCUGCUAUGUUUAAUGUAUGUAUGCAUAUAUUGACAAUCCUCUGGCCCUAACGUUUCUCCAGCUGGACUUGGGACAGAACUAUUUGUCUUUGGUGCACUGGACAGACUGCAGAGAACCACACAGAGCAUAUAUUUGAUGAGGGAAUGUGUUGAUUUAUGCUCCAAAUUGGCUGUGUGUUAGCACGUGUGUGUGUGUGUGUGUAUUUGUUGAAAUGGGAAUAUUUGUUCUGAUGAAAAAUGCAGAAAGUCAGCUGAAUAAAUAAUGGGAGGAAUUUCUGAUGCCUCUCAUCAUGGCCAAAUUA